CAGAUGUCUUUACAUUGUCGGAGACACAAUCAUUCUGCAUAUGCAAAAGCCACAGGAUGAAUCAGCGGCAGCCAAAAUCAUCCAACUUUUCGAACCAUUUACUCUUUCGUGAUCGUAUGCAAGAGAUGUACAAGACCGAAGUCGAAGUGUACGAGAAACUGAAAGAUAUACAAGGAAAGGAUAUUCAACUAUUAGCAUGUGUUACUCUGUCUGGGUCGUCACAACUCAACAGUGAAUAUGCCCACAUUCCUGGCAUCCUUAUGGAAUGAUCCCAUUCGGAUUGUCAAGGUCAUCGGGGAACGGGGAAUUCUGAAUAAGGAUGUUAAAACAAGGAAUUUUAUUGUUUACCGGGAUAAAACAGUGAGGUUCACUGUUUCUAUGAUUGAUUUUGCACUGUGAAAGUUCCGCAGGGAUUAUCAAGAUUACAAGGAUUGGAGAAGAUCAAAGUCAAGCCAGGAUGGAGCGGGUGCAGUGGGAUACCUUAUGCAGAAAUAUCUGAAGGGGGACUUUGUAUAUCGCCAGUCUAAUGCGUCCAGGAAACUGGAUGAAUAGUUCAAGAUGGAGGGAUGAGAUGUUCUAUAACUUGAAUUGAGCUGUCUAUAGUCG